AUAUAUAUAUAUUUCCAAGGGGUUUAUGGCUUUUACUUGUAGACGGCUCUUGCGCUCCAUUUUUUCUCCAUGGGAAACUGCUUGGGACAGCCUGCAAAGUGUGCUCACGCUUCAUCAAGCAACAUCGCUGACUCGGGUAAUCCUCACAGCGGGACAAUGACUGAAGAUGAUUCAAGCUUGAAGCCUUCAAGCCAGCGAAAAACUCUGGCAGGUUCUGAGAACAAAUCCUUCACGAAACCGAGAUUUGACCCUGUGAUUCCCAAUACUCUCAAAUCCUUCAGCUUAGCUGAGCUCAAGAAUGCCACCAAGAACUUCCGCUCUGACAGCUUUAUCGGUGAGGGGGGGUUCGGAUGUGUCUUCAAAGGGUGGUUAGACGCGAACACAUUGGUCCCUACUAGGCCGGGAAGCGGGAUGGUCGUGGCCAUCAAGAAACUCAAGACGGGAGGCUUUCAGGGCCACAAGGAAUGGCUUGCCGAAGUCAACUACUUGGGUCAGCUUCACCAUGAAAACCUCGUAAAGCUUAUCGGUUACUGUGCGGAGUCAGAUAAUAGGCUGCUCGUAUAUGAAUGCAUGCCUAGAGGAAGUUUGGAGAAUCAUCUGUUCAGAAAAGGUAUCCAACCUAUUGCUUGGGCUACAAGGAUGAACAUUGCUGUUGGGGUUGCACGGGGACUGUCUUUCCUGCACAGCUUAGACGCAAAUGUGAUUUAUCGUGACUUGAAAGCUUCUAACGUACUAUUGGAUUCAGAUUUCAAUGCGAAGCUCUCAGAUUUUGGAUUAGCUAGGGAUGGGCCCACUGGGGAUAAGAGUCAUGUUUCGACCCGGGUCGUGGGAACUCGAGGCUAUGCAGCCCCUGAAUAUGUGGCAACAGGUCACUUGACACCAAAAAGCGAUGUGUACAGCUUUGGGGUGCUCUUGCUAGAACUGCUGACAGGUAAAAGGGCACUGGAUGAUGAAAGGCCUGGUUAUCUCGACGAGACACUAGUCGAGUGGGCGAAGCCAUUCUUGAGAGAGAGCAGGAGAAUGUUCCGGAUCAUGGACACAAGAUUAGGGGGGCAGUACUCUAAGAAGGGGGCCCAGUCGGCAGCGGCCAUAGCCCAGCAGUGCCUCGAUUUGGAUCCCAAGUGCAGGCCACCGAUGAGCGAGGUCUUGACAAUGUUGGAAGAACUUGUUUAUUCAUCGAAGAAACCUCUGUCUUCUCCUUCUCCUCAAGCAGAACUCCAUGGGGCUAAGUAUCCAAGACAAGCGUAGGCACAUCUGCCAUGAGUCAACAGAUGCAGAUUUUUUCUUUUGUUCAUUUAUUUAGUAUAAUGGGGCCGUCAUAGCCUCGAGAAAUUGUUUUUACGAACUAAGGAAUAUAUUGAUGCUGUACAGAAACAUAUAUCUCAUGUUAUCAGUAGGUGCAGGCCAAUAGUUAUGUGUAAUAUAUUGAUGUGUAGGCGGAUUUUGUCAACCAAGAUGAACAAAUCCAGAAAGCAAGUCUUCCGGACUUUGUAAA